AGAUAGUCGGGCUCAUAUAUGCGGUUCAUGCUUCCUGCAGAAUGGGUAAAUGGACGUCCGAAGCGGAAAGCUACCAUUCCUCGGGUGAAGAUCUCGGGCUAAAAGUGGACAAACGAAUGAAAUAAAUAGAAACCCACAUUUUGUCGAACUACACUACACUUACCAGUCGGCUAGCCAUGGCAAUCGAUUGAAGUAAGAAAUAUAUUAUUGAACUUUUAAUAAAGGGUUGUUUUUAAAGAGUUUUUUCUGCUCUUGAACAAGAACAAGCAAUGUUUUCUGUAUGAUUCUCUGUUGUUAUUUUACGAACUGUCAAACGAUUGCUUGCAACAUGCGCCGUUAUGUAAUAAAUAAACCAAAACAAACGAGUUAUCCAAAGAACAUGCAAAACAACAGCUUCGAGUGUACGUACAAAAUAGGUGAAUAAAAGCGGCCGCGAACAUGCGAUCCACUCUGCAUCGGUGCCGUUCGUGCCUUUCAGGGUUAGGCUUAAUGCACAACCGUUACUAUGCAUCCAAUAGUAGACAAAGUGUUCUUCGGCAGGAUGUGUCCCGUUUGCCGGUUCACCAGUUUCCUGUAGCUAAAGCGAAUGACAACCGUGUCUAUGUGUGGGGUUUCGCUGCAACGGGCGCUCUUGGGAUGCAGACCUCCGUGAAGAAACAGGCACAAGUAUUCACCGACUUCGUGCAGCAUCCAAGCAGGCUAAGCUUCGCCGAAGGACAUACAGUGUCGGACGUUGCGACUGGGUACGGAUUCACGGUGUAUGUGGUCAAUACGAUAAAGGCAACGGAACUGUGGGGUACUGGUAUAAACACCGAUGGACAGUUAGGGUUUCAGAAAGCACCCGGCCCGCAUAAGAAACCACUGGAGUUACUCAUCUAUCCGGCACCAAUUGAUUUAAGCACAGCGCAAAUCCAACAAGGCCAGCGGAUAAUACAGGUGGCCGCUGGACGAGCACACGUGCUUGGUCUUACUGAGGAUGGUGCAGUUUUUGCAUUUGGGAAUAACGCUUACGGGCAGUGUGGUCGAAAAAUCGUUCCCGACGAGGAUUACUUUCGCAAUCCUGUGGUUACUACUAUUCAGCUCGAAGAACCAGUGCGAGCAAUCGAAUGUGGACAAGAUCACAGUUUACUGCUCACGGAAUCGGGUCGUGUGUUUUCUUGCGGUUGGAGCGAUGAUGGACAGGCUGGACAGGGCCGCUAUGGAUUGAUCGAUACACUCGGUCCCGCGGAAGGAGACGUGAAAGGAGAACAGAUUGUGAAGGUUUCCAGCAGCUGUGAUACGAUACUGGCCAUCAAUGAGAAAGGAGAGUUAUUCGGGUGGGGCAACUCAGAAUACGGCCAACUUGGGGAUGUAGCUCAGGAUAAUCCACAAAUCAACAUUCCACGACAACUCUCCUUCACAAAAGAAUAUGGCAAGAUUAUUGACAUCGCAGCUGGUGGCUCAUAUUGCCUUAUUUUAAAUGAACACGGAGAUGUAUUUUCGUGGGGGUACGGUAUUCUUGGCUUCGGUCCGGAAGUGCAGCAUCGACCAACUCCUACCCGAAUUCCACCAGCACUGUUUGGCAGGAACGAAUUCAACCCCAAUGCAAAGGUGAUUUCGAUCGCGUCUGGCAUAACACACUGUGCGGCAAUCAAUGAUCUGCAUGAUCUGUAUAUGUGGGGCCACAAUCGAUACGCCUGCCUAGGUCUAGGGCAUAAGAACGAUCAAUUCUUCCCACUGAAGGUAGCACUUAAUGCGCGCGUACAGAAAGUGACUUGUGGUGUGGAUCAUACCGUAACACUUUGUAAGGCGUUUGUUUGAACAAAUAGCUAACUAAUUUCGAAUUAUUGUUUCUGUCAAUAUAUAUACGAGACUUAUAAAUGUGAA